UGGGGGAAGAUGCAGCCUCCGUUGAUGCUCAUAUCAAGGUACUAAAUGAUCAGCACAAGAAGCUACAUCCUGACACAGCACUGGUGAAAGACCGCAUGACAAAAACCUUUGCAUGGAGACGUCGAGAGGUAGCUGAAGGAAUGUGUACUGUGGACCUAUUAAAGAGAUAUCCAUUCCUGGGGACACCCGCAGGGUUGUGUGAUGAGGUUGAUUUAAUGCAUCCUUGCCAAGACAACAUCUGUCGCCGCUUUAGCGAAAACUUCACAGCUGUUCUUCAAAAUGUUCUUCAAAUGACCAAGGAUUUGCCACUGAAGAAGGUCUACAUGGAGGCAAGAGUGAAUGCACUGGCUGAAGACAUUACAGGAAUUGACUUCAAGGGGGCACUUCUCCUCUUGCCAUCCAUCUUCAAGGAGAAGAUAGAAGAUUUCAUCAUCCUUGGAGAGAAUACUCCCACGAGUCCAUACCCAACCAUUCGAAUGAAGGAUAAGAAUUGGACAGCUGCCCUCUCAAGACAGUGUCGCGGUGUUGUGACAGUUGAAGGAGUGGAUGUUUGCUCGUGCCGCUCGCUGGAUGAGGCCUACAUCUCAGCAUUCUCCAGCUUCUUCGUGUUCAACAUGACCUACCCUGCAUACUUCAAGAAAACACUUGUCUUUCUUCAGAACUGCAUUGUCAACAUAGGAGAACAGGGAGACAAACCCCUUCCAGUAAGUGUCACCAGAGUACUUAACCAACUCUAUUAAAAAUGCCCCCACUCUACAAAUGUUCAAAAUGUUCUAAAAGGGCAUUUACUCUGAGGAAGUUGAUUACACAUGUUGGGUUAGUACAUGCACAUGAGGCUCAUUUCAGCAUCACUUGUGGAAUAAAUGACUGCCAGGCAGCUUUUUGCAAGUAUCACUCUUUUCGACGCCAUGUGUAUCGCAAACACAAACCCUCUGUUUUGAAUAGCCUUGAGGUAGUUGAAGAUGGAUUUGAAAACCAUGCACACAAAGAGGUUGAAGACACACACACACACAGUUCGGACGAGACACACACAGUUCAGCAGCCCACACCACCUAGUAUGGACAGUUUGCUUGAUAAUUUAGGAGAUCAUUUAUUUAGCUUUAUUCUCAAAUGUACUGAAAAAAAUAACCUUCCACACACUGUUCAGCAAGACAUCGUUGAUGAUCUUAGUUUUCUGUUAUGUUUUUUUAAAGAAAACUACGACUCGUUUAUUCGUUAUCAUUUGGAAAAACGUGGUUUCCGCCUCAGUGAUUGUCCAGAACUUGAGCAGGUUUUGUCUACUUCAGAUUUUUUCCAGAAAGCAUGUGAUUCAAUUCGUUCACCAUUUAUGAUAAAAGAACACUGCAAAUCAAAAAUGAACAUGACAGAACCUAUCAGUUACACAGUAAGAGACCAUUCUGGUGUGAAAAUUGGUAGUUAUUCGUAUGUUCCAAUCCCACAGGUAUUAAACAAAUACUGUCAGGUGGAGGAUGUGUGGGAACAAAUUGUUCUGGAUAACCACAGAAAUCAAGAUGAUGAUGAUGUUAUGACUGAUUACAAAGAUGGCAUGUAUUUUAAAGACCACUCAUUUUUCAAAGACCAUCCUCAAGCUCUAAGACUUCAUUUUUAUGAAGAUGAAUUUGAAAUUGUGAACUCACUUGGUGCAAAACGAAAUAAAUACAAAAUCUGUGCAUUUUAUUAUACUAUAGGAAACGUAAGUGGAAAACAUCGCUCAAAGUUAAAUCACAUUCAUUUAGCCUUACUGGUUCGCCAUUCACAUUUAAAAGAGUGUGGGCUUGAAACUAUACUUCAGCCCUUGAUAACUGACUUGAAGAUGCUGUCCACAGAGGGUUUCACUAUCUGUGUCAAUGAAGUAGAGCACACAGUUCAUGCUGCUCUUGCUACCAUUUCAUGCGACAACCUUUCCGCUCAUAUGAUUGGGCGUUUUUCAAUGUCUUUCAAUACAGGCAGAAUAUGCCGAUUUUGUAUGGCCUCGCACUCAGAGAUACAACAGCACUUUUGUGAGGACCAUUUUGUUAUUAGAACAGCCAAAGUACAUGAGUACCACAUAAACUGUGUGGAAAACAACCCAGAGAGUGCUGCUUUGUACGGUGUGUAUGGUAAGUGUACAUUUGAUGCACUGCCUUAUUUUGAUGUGACCCAGUCUCUUCCCCCAGAUGUAAUGCAUGACUUGCUGGAGGGGGUUAUUCCUUUGAUAACGAACUUGGUCAUUUGUAAAGCUCACAGGGAAAAGCACAUCACCAUAAAUGAAAUCAAUGAUGAGCUGAAAAAUGUGAAGUUUGGGAGGAAUGACAAGCCAAACAGACCAGUGCCACUGACGGAAAAGAUGCUUCGACAUUCUAACAUAGUUGGAUCAGCCAGUCAAAAAUGGUGCCUUUUCAGGCUCUUGCCUUUUUUAAUGGCUCACCAUAUUCCACCUGGCACUCCAUAUUGGCAUGUGUUCUUAUUAUGUUCAGAAAUCGUAGAUCUUGUAAUGGCUACAAAUGUGAGAAAAGAUGAGCUUGCUCAUUUAAACCUGCUUAUUCAAGAAUUUCUUGAAAUGACUACAGAAGUCUUUGGAAAUGUUUUAACACCCAAGUGUCACUACCUUAUUCACUACCCAAGGCUGAUUUUGAUGUAUGGCCCUCUUCGCCCUUUGUGGUGUAUGAGAUAUGAAAGCAAGCAUCAAUAUUUCAAAAAUGUAGCGAGUAAAUGCAAAAACUUUGUAAACAUCACUGCAACCCUUAGCAAUCGUCAUCAAAUGAAACAGUGCUGGGAGUUUUCUUCAGAUAGGUUGCUUGUUGACUUUGAACAUUCACUCAGCACAAGUGUCAGUGUGCCAUUUUCAUCUCUGCCAGGUGACUUACAGAAUGCUCUGGAAAUGAACAAAAGUUUUACAGAUGUGCGUUUUCAGGAUAAAGUGCUUCAGCGUGUGUCUGCUAUAUCUGUCAGCAGUGUCAAAUAUGAACUUGAGGAUGUUUUUGUAGUUGGCCAUGUACAUGCUGAAGCCAUACCUAUAUUCUUUAAAAUUAAGUAUAUUUUGAAUGUUGAUACUUGUUGGGUAUUGUGUGGGAAACUGUUACUUCCUUGCGCUUAUGAAUGCCAUUUCCAUGCUUACCAAGUGACAGUUGACAAUGACUGGAUCCUGUUCAAUCCAGGAAAUGAGUUAGACUUUCAAGCUCUAGACACCUAUUUAGUUGAUGAUAGGCUGUUUGUGUCCUUGAGGUAUUCUGUGUGAUGUGAUUGUAAGCACAUUUCCCACUUUGUCUAUAUAUAUAUAUAUAUAUA